CAAAUAUCCAACCUUUAUACGACAAGCUUCUCGCGGCAGGAACUCAUUUCAGUGAAGGCAAUAUAUUUGGUGAUAUCCACGUUUCAAGCUAGUCAUCUAUCUCCUGCUACUGAAGCCAUGACUUCAAGUCUUCUUCAUCCGCCGGCGCACUUACCUCCGUCUGUUGCAUUGCAUCUAUCACAACAAGCUCCGCUGCUUCUCCAGAAUCAUUCGACCAGCAAGCUACCGAUUUCAAUCCCUUUCCUCUCUACUUCCGAGACGCCUGAGACAUGGGCUAUUCUGGAAAAUCUCCUAUUGUCAUGCCUUCGAACCGGAGACGACAAGUCAGCGCGUCUCUGCGUCGAGAAGCUGACAGAACGGUUCGGAGAGGAAAAUGACCGAGUCAUGGGCUUGCAAGGCUUAUUCGAAGAGGCCGUGGCCGAGAAUGAUGCAGAUCUAGAGGAACUCAUGGCGGAGUAUGAUGCUAUUCUGAAAGAAAACCCUACGAAUAUGCCAAUCGCGAAGAGACGUAUUGCUCUGCUAAGAUCUACGGGAAAACUGGAAGAAGCCACAGUCGCGCUGGUAGCAUUCCUCGAUUCGUCGCCUACGGACGCUGAAGCCUGGGCGGAGUUGGCCGAUCUCUAUUUAUCCCAGGGCCUCUUCUCACAGACCAUCUACUGCCUCGAGGAAGUACUCCUGAUAGUCCCCAAUGCAUGGAAUAUACACGCUCGUCUCGGCGAAGUCAUUUACAUGUCGGCACAAGUAUCUGGUGAAUCUGGCAUUGAGAAGUUACUGGUUGACUCCAUUCGUCGAUUCUGUCGCAGCAUUGAACUCUGUGAUGACUAUCUGCGUGGAUUUUAUGGACUUAAACUUACUACUGGACGACUGCUUUCACUGUUGCCUCAGAACUUCAAGCCGGCUUCAACAGUGAUCAACCCAGCAGCAGGAGAGCCGGCCCCGCCUACGCUUGCUUAUGUGCAACGAUUGAACGAAAUUGCCACUGCGAAGCUGGCGGAGAUAGUUCGGCGCAGUAAUGCCGGCGAGAAAGGGUGGGAUGGAUAUGAGCAGGCUGAGAUCAUUGCCGCGAGAGCAUUGCUGGAUAAAGACGUAGCAAAAGUGGAGAAAUGAGCCGACUUUUCGUUUACCUGAAAAGGAUGCCACUAUAGCAUCGAUGUGCUGGCCACAUCCGACACUUACUAAUAAUGAUGUAGACUCAAAUUUCUUAUUUCAAUCUGAUUGUAAUCAUGGUAUUCAUUUUUAAAAACUUCAGUUGUAUUAGAGUGGUAUAU